AUGGAGGGAAGAAGUGGUUGUGAAGGAGACAAGACUGACCCAGGAAACUACAGGGGGAUCACACUGUUGAACACAGUAGGAAAAGUGUUCUGUAAGCUGCUGAACGAUAGGAUAGUGGGAGUAUUGGAGAAGGAACAUAGCAUUAGUGAGGGCCAGGCAGGUUUCCGAAAGAAGAGGGGGUGCGUAGACCACGUUUUCACGGUAGGGAAAAUCAUCCAAGGUAGAAAGAGGGCGGGAACGCCGACGUACUGCUUCUUCCUGGACGUGAAAAAGGCAUACGACACCGUAUGGAGAAAUGGGUUGUGGAAACAACUGUCCCAAUACGGGAUCAAGGGGAAAAUGUGGAGAGUGCUGAAGAAGAUGACAGAGUGUACGAAAAGCGCGGUCAUGUUAGACGGAGAACUGUCUAAAUUCUUCGACAUUGAGCAGGGGGUCCCACAAGGUUGCACGCUGUGUUCGUGAUAGUUGCUGCUGUGUGUGUCGACAGUGUGACGUAGAACAACUUGAUUGGACAGUUUGAAUUGCGGGACUGCCUGCGUUGAAGAUCGUUGAGUAGCCACAUAUUAUCAGAACAGCAAGGAACGUUCUGUGGGAAUGUUCUUCGUGGAUGGUGCAUUACCCCGAGUGUGUUUCUUGUGGAUAGUGCAUCAGUCAGAGGAUUCAUGGACUGCGGGAGGUACGGACAGUAGUGCCCAAGGCCUUGGCAUGUCCAGCGUGAGAGUUGGGAGUAGUAGUGUUGCAAACACAGGCUUGAACCCUCACGAUACUGCUGUUGAACGUUCCUCUGCUGGUGUCACAAGCUUUGGUUCGGUUGGGAUGGGAAGUAGGGCUUUUGGUAGUCAGUCUUUCAUUCCAGGAAUAGGUAGUGGGGCUUUCAGUAGCCAGUCUUCUAUUCCACCCGCACCUACUGCUUCGAGUAGGUGGUGGGAAAAUGUCGCCAGUGGAACCACAUUGAUUCCUGGGGCCGGCAUCACAGAACCAGGAGAAAACUUGGGAAUGAGCCCUUUGAAAGUUCCCAAAACUCCUGUGUUCGACGGAUCGGACGUUGCAUACCCGUCAUGGUCACAAACUUUCUGCUGAGUGCCCGACACAACAACUUGUUUGAACCAUCUACUUCUGAAGUGGAAAUUCCGAUCGCAAGCAUUGAAUUCGACUUGACCCCUUGGGUAGACAAAGGAUACAGUGUAGGAGUGCUACGCCAGGCAGAGGUGGGAUGGUGGUUUUUGUUC